AAGAAAUUGAUCAACCUCCUCCGCGGGUGGCCCUCCCCUCAGCUCCAUCCCGCGGCCCAGCUCCAGGCGGCAGCCUGCCGCGCCCUCUCGGACCCGUCCAUCGCCGUUCCCGCGCUGCAGUAUGCGCCCGACCCGGGGUACCAGCCGCUGAGGGAAGAGUUGGCACGGUGGCUGAGCAUGCACUACAACCACUACCCUGGGCCGCCCAUCGACGCAGAUCAGAUCGCCAUCACCGGCGGCGCGAGCCAGGGCCUGGCCUGUGUGCUGCAGUCGUUUACCGACCCUGGCUAUACGCGGGCCGUGUGGGUCAACGCGCCGUGCUACCAUCUCGUGUGUCCCAUCUUUGAGGAUGCCGGGUUUGCGCGGCGGCUGCGGGCGGUGCCAGAGGAUGAGGCGGGGAUUGAUGUCGCGUGGUUGGAGAGGGCGUUGCGGGAGGAGGAGGGGGAGAAGAAGACGAAGAAAGGCGGAGAGUCCCCGGCGCCUCACCGCAAACUCUACCGCCACGUCAUCUACCUCGUCGCCACGUGCGCCAACCCCUCCGGCAAGACGCUCCCCCUCGCCCCCCGGGAAGCCCUCGUCCGCAUGGCACGGGAACACAACGCGCUCAUAAUAAGCGACGACGUCUACGACUUCCUCCAGUGGCCCGUCGUCACCACUACCGCCAUCACCAUCACCACCACCACCCCGUCCAUCCCUCCCGCAUGCCUCCCACACACAUCCCCCGUACCGGACUUACUCCCUCUCCUGUCCCAACUCGACCUCGCGCUCGGACCCUCCCCACACGACCCGCCCGGCGGGAAGAAGCACUUCUCCCACGCCAUCUCGAACGGCUCCUUCAGCAAGCUGGUCGGGCCCGGGGUGCGCACGGGUUGGAUCCACGGCACGGCCGACUUCGCGCACGGCUUCUCGCAGACGGGCUCCAACCGCAGCGGCGGCGCCGCCAGCCAGUUCGCGGCCGUCUGCAUGCACCAGAUGCUGGCGGUGGGCGACCUGCAGCGGCAUCUGGAGCUGGUCGUCCGGCCCGCGCUGCGCAGGAGGCAUGCGUUGAUGGUGACGGAGGUGAGGCAUGUCUUGGGCGGGUUGGGGGUUGAUGUCUGGGCGGCGAAUACUAGCUGCGGCAGCAGCAGAAGCAGAUUGGGUGCUGGCGGUGCGGAAGGGGAAGGGGAAAGGAAAGGGGAAAGGGAAAGGAGGGAGGAUGGAGUGGACGGAGUGGACGUGUUUGGCGGGUAUUUUGUCUGGCUGACGCUGCCGGAGCAGUUGGAUGCCGCGGCCGUGGCGGAGCGCGCGAGGGAAGAGGAGAAUCUGAUUGUUGCGCCGGGGAGUAUAUUUGAGGUGAAAGGGGAUGAGGAGGCGGCUCGGUUUCCGAGGAACAUUCGGCUGUGCUUUUCGUGGGAGGACGAGAAGGAUAUUCUUGAGGGCGUGGCGCGGCUGGGGCGGGUGGUGAAGAGGAUGCUUGAGGGCGCGAGCUUCCAGCCAUGCAGGAAGGCAGCGGUUGAAGGGAGUAUAGGGGAGUUCAAGUGACGAGAAGCAACUGGUGGGAAGGGGAACGGGAGCAUAAGCUGUUCUCUGGUUAUUUGAAUCCGCCAAUGGCUCGUGGAGACGAACUAGACUAUCUCGCUACCGGGGCCUAGUAUCCGCAGCCCCGUUCUGUACAUGUACGACAGGAAUUUAGCUCCGUCGUGCCGCGGCCCGGGAGUUGGCAACACCCAUUCCCACACAUCCCGCAAAGUAGGGCCCUUCGCGAGCUUCCACAUCUGGCCUCCGAGGUCUCAAGAA